CUUUGUCUUGGUAAAAUUAUUGUUUAUGCAUCCGUGACAAUACUAUUGCUAGGUAGAUUAAAACAAUGGCCGACACUCUAACAUAAAGUUAUAUUUUGUAUAGAAAAGAUGAGAAAACGUUUUUUUAUAAGAUAAUUAGGAAAUAUGGAUGUUCUUCUACGGAAAGUGAAAUUUCCAACAUAAGAUGAUGUUGUGGCAACAGUCGUCAUACUGGUUCAUCUCUUUCAUUCUUCUUCUUCAAAAUCAUGAUGGCAUAGAUGCAGCUUGUUUAUUUCCUAUGAAUAGCGGGUCAUGGCAUUCAACAGACAAAGGAUCGCUUUCCAUUACAUCAAAUAUAAUAAUAGAUUAUCCAACGUCAACAUUUGGUAGCCUUAGUUUUGAAUGCUAUACAAGUUCUGGAACACAAUAUGUAGCAAGAUCAACUACUUUUACGCGUUAUGGUGUGGACGUUCGAGCAUAUUUAUGCUUUAAGCUUGUAAAAGUCACCACGUUCCAAUACUAUUACUAUGAAGAUUCAGUAAAGGAUUCAACACUAAGUAACGAAAGGAUGAAGACAGUAGCAAACACAGCAACUGUAACGGUCGCUGACAUCUGUGACAGAACGGUGUACGCAUAUGGUUCAUAUAACAUAAUGGUGCAAGAUGGAUACGCAUCUGAAGCAGCUUCGACCUGUUCCAGUGUUAUUCAGGGUGAAUGGUCAUACAACUUUACUGAUAGUUCAGGGAAUUCAGCGUGUAACUUCGAUUCUUCCGUUGACAUCUGUACAGAUAAGAGUGCUUUAGCUUUUAACUACACACAGUGUACACAGAACAUCAUGUAUUCGGCUCAAGGAGACCUGUAUUGUUUAUAUUCAUCAUCUGGAAACUCCAUGACAUAUCAACAUGUACUUAAUUUGGACACAACAACGGACGAAUCUACCACCUACAGAAUAUCAUGUUUGGUUAUGUCAACUGAUGGGAAUUCACGAUACAUGACACAGUAUCCCAAUAAUUGUUAUGAUGGUCAGACUUCAAAAUCUGUGUCAUCUCCAGGUGCUUCGAUAGAAUUUUCACUGAAGAGUAAGUGUGUAUCGGCAGAAAACUUCACGGCGGCAAUAGCACUUGGGGUUAUUGUGCCUUUGAUAAUGAUAAUAAUCAUUGCUGUAAUUGGUUAUAAACUUUAUCAGAACUAUAAAUAUUACCAAGAAAACAAAGAGGUUGACACACCAAAGCCAGAUCCAAAAUACGCAAAUGGCGAAAUACGUAAUAAACGAAUGUGCAAAAGUAACGGUGUUGUGAUUGACGAAAAAGCACUGAUUAACGAUACACCUAGAAGUGUUGAAAUCAUGAUAGAUGAAAGAUGUCGACCUGAUUCCACACUAACAACUGGUUCGCUUCUGUCUGCUGGAAUUAGGCGCGAGUCUUCGAUUCUUCUCGAUAUUAACCCGUCAACUCGGGGUACGAUGGUUGCCGAGUCUCUUCCGGAAGUUACCGAACCGAUCGAUUACUCAUCUGAAUAUUCAGACUCCGAUGACGACGACCAGGGUAGUGACAAUUUUUUGCAAAUGCAAUCGACUGGUGACUUUCUGGAUGGUAAGAGAGACGAAGGUACUCAAACACCUAAUAUUCCUCAAAUAGUACUGGACAGUAUAAGUCAUGGUGGAGACUUUCAACCAGACCUUAUUUCACCUAUUGCCGUUCCUCCUUCGAUGACGACUAUACCAGAGCACCAGACUGAUGCAACUCAGACAGAGCAAGGAGGAACAAAUAAGAAGAAAAAGAAACGGGUCAAGAGAACCAAGAGUGCAUCUUCCACUAGACGAGUAAGCUCAGCUUCGAAACGCCGACCUGGAAGCAGCAUUAAAAGAAAGGGAACAUCAAAGCAGAAACCGGAUCGCUAUGGUAAUACUGACGAUAAAUUAGUCUUUGGUACCCGGAUAAAUAUUUUGAGGAUCCGCCCUAAAUCAUUCAGGAAAAAGAAGCAGGUUAAUCCAUUAAUCACUGAUGAAGAUAGUCCAAUUGAUCCAAGUUUAAAUGAUUUAGAUAUGAGUACAAAUGAUCAGAUCAUUGUACAUUCAAAAGAUGAAAACAUUACUACAGAAACUGGGGAGGAAAAAGAAAUAGAUGACAAUACUACAGAUGAUACAUUAAAUUCAAAUCCAAGCAAGUCAAACUUGAAACGAAACGAAAGUAUGCUGAGAGAGAAAAUAUAUAAACAUACCAAUAGGGAUAUACUGUCUUCCAAAAGGAAAAAGAAACAACCAAAGCUUAGACAUCCUCUUGAACAAAAGAAGGGAGAUCAAGAACCUCUGUCCGACUCCUGGUUUAAACAUAGGAGCACCUCUGUACCUAGAACGCACAAUAACUCAGAUAGAAAAGAGGAAACUGAUGGUGAAGGGCAAGUAUCACCUGAAGUAGAUGAGCACGGGAACCUAUUACCGCAAAGUGAUAAUGACUCCGUAGAACAAAAACGACCACCAACGCAGCAAAAACCAUUCAUGAAGCCUCAAGCAGAGACAACGGAGGAAGUGUUCGAAAAGAUUAAAUCUAUGUGGCAAUUUGGAAAUAAGUGGCUUGGAAAUACGUAUAUUGCUCAUAGUCCUAAAUAAUGUGUGCAUGUAUUUAGGAACUGAAGACUUAUGAGUUAAAUCAUUCAUCAAGUAUAUUUCAUGGCAUUGUGAACGCUUUUUAUUGACAUUUUUAUUUUCUCAAUCUUCAUUUUUAACCGCGUUUGGUUUUGUCACCACUUGGAAUGUUUGUUGUCAUUUGAAACGCAUCUUUUAACUUGCUUAUCAGACAUACCAUUUUCUAUGAGUGAUCGUGCUUUUUUUUCAUUUGAACUUAUUCUUCCUAACAUAAAUAUGUCAGUUCAGUCUUCUUUCACUUCAAGUGAAAACUAGUUUGUAUUACAAAAGGCAUUGUUCGUCUAAUUCAAACAUGAUUGCGUGCUAUAAUAUACUUUUAUGUUUAUUCAUUUUAUAGUUGUUAUACUUUAGUUGAACCUGACCUAAAGUAAAAAAUAAAAAACCAAAAGUAAACUACAUAGAGAUAUAUUCUCAUUUAUCAGUUUCACUGUCAAGUCGCACAAUAACAUAAUAACUAUGAAAGCGAUAAUCUAAAUUAUAUAAAUCCUUAAUAAGAUCAUGUUUGGUUAAUAUGUUAAAAUUGAUCAAUCGUUUUUUUUUUUUUUCAUUGUUAUUUUUUUAUUUUAGUUUAAUAUUAUGCUAUGGAACCUAUAUAUGUGUUAUUCAUACACGUAACGAACUUAAAAGAUAAUUGUAAACAGCGUGUUUUCCAUUCAGAAGAGAACAAUAAAAUUCAGUGUAAACACAAAUAUUUGGGUUAUAUAAAUCUUUAAUAAAUAAUUUGUUAGCAAUAUCUAAUAUACUGGUUUGAUGCUCUCUUGUGUAUAUUCUGCAUGUUAUGAUUUAUGUCCUUCUCGGUCCCAAAUGCUAUAUGUCUACUUAGAAAAUGAAAUGAAAGUAUUUUUUGAACUUAUUAAUUUUAUCUGAAUGCUUUAACAUGUAACAAGUUAAUAUUUAUUUCACAACUAAAAUAUAGAUAUAUGCGUCUUUAAAUAUUAUAAAUAUGUUUGUUUUUUUAAAUGAAUGACUGCAUUCCAGAAUACGUUUUCUUUUUUCAUCUUUUUUUAGAUGUAAAAAUCCCGUAAUGAAAAUGAAAAUAACGUUUAUUACUUAUAAAAUUGAUGCCUGUGAAGCGCUUUUCUGGAUUAUCAUCUUCAUCGGGAAUGCUAAAAACUAAAAUUUGAAAGCCAUUGGGUAUUUGAAUUGACAAUGAGCUGUAUGUAUGACGAAACAUUAUUGACAAAUCAAUUUAACAGCCAUUAAAUGACUUGGUGUUUGAUUAUCCGAAUGACGGAAGUGUUAUAGAACUUCGUUGUGAUUAGUUCGCUUUUUACAUCUGAUAAUUGGCCGGACUUACUUUAUAAGUUUUAAAUACAAACAUAAACAUCUACGAAUCUUGUUUCUUCUAUUUAUUGUAUAUUUAUUCAGUUCGCAAGAAGUUCCACUCCAUGUAGAAUAAUAAAUAUCAAAUUGUUAUUACAAUAUAGUCUUUCAUCUUUAGAUCCAUCUGUAAUAAAUGUAAUAUGACAGACAAACAAUUCUCUGUGUAUCAUGGUAGAUUGUUAUCUUAAUAAUGUUAGGAAAACACAAAGAAAUAAAAUUACUCUGUCUUUG